AUGGUCCUUCGAUCGACAUCCGAUCCUGCGGAUCCAAUAAAUAAUGACACCGCGCGAUAUCACUGCACCCUCACAAGCCUUGGGCCCGAUCGGACGGUCCACAUUCCUCCCGGCAAACGAGAUCUAAUCCUUCUCAGCUGCGACCGACCUGGUGUCUCCACCGUUCACCUGGGACCCGUCUGGAAGGGUGAUUCUGACGACCGCGGGCCUAUGACAGUCGCGGCUGGGUCUCUGCAGGAUCCAGGAAUGGAGACUGCAGAUCCAGAGGUGGUUCUUUCGUACUUUGGUCAUCGACUCGGACAAUCCCGAGGAUUCGGUUUGAUGGAAGAGAACAUUCUGUGGAACUCUAUUUUCUGGGGGAAUCAAAUAUGCUCAGGGAAAGGCCUUGACGACACGUCCCCGUUGAUCCACCGACAAAACAGUCGUCUUCAUGCAGACCGACCGGAUGAGAGAAUCCGUGUCUCACUCCCAUUCUCAAACGGCAUGCUCGACCGUGGCCAAGCAGAAUUGGUCAACAUUUGUGAAACCCUCGGCGGCAUUAUUGGACAUGACCGGUCUACAGAGUCGUGGAAUCCAGAAAACUUCCGAAAGCGUCAACCCCAAGGAUGA